UGGAUAAAAAAAAAUAAAGAAAGAUUAACUGUUGCACUAUGUGCAAAUGCUGAUAGAACUGACAAACUUAAACCAUUAGUAAUAGAAAAAUAUAAAAAUCUUCAAUAUUUCAAAAAUAUAAACAGAAAAAGUCUUGAA